AUGGCACCAGGCGAUAACCUACCCGAUUUUCUCACGAACACCAAGCUCGACCCCAGCUUCGACAAAGACAUUCUCGACACACAUCUAAUCUACGAUUACGAUGCGCAAGACAACGAUGGCAACCCCGAAAAAUGGCGGUACGAACUAUGGUGUUUCUCUUCGGAACGUGUCGUAUAUGCCAUCCACGGUGGUCCAAUGGCUGGCCGCAUCAACUACCAGCGCGCAACAUACCAAUGUAUCCGCCCCGGCGAACUAUGGCAGAUCAACUGGCUCGAAGAGACAGGCAGCAUCGUUUCUGCAGUCUACGACAUCAAGGAGAAGAAGAUGACGACGUUGAUCGCCUUCUCGGAGGGCCACUGGAAGAGGGCGAAAGAGGCGCUGGGCGACAAGAGGAAGAAGGAGGAUCUGGAGAGAUGGAGGGGGCUGGCUGGUGUAGGAAACCAAACGUCGAGGUUCAUGCUGAGCGAGCAGGCUCAUGUUGUAGAAGUGUUCAAAGGCAAGGGUGAACUGGUGCCGAUCAAAGAGAGCGAUCCCCUGUUCUGA